AAAAUGGUGAAUCAAUCAACAUUUAAAAAUGUUAUGCCUAAAGUUUCCUCGCCUUUAUUAAAGCAAAUGCUUGUUGCAAUGUCUUGCAACAUGUUCUGCCUCAUAACUGGAUGCACGUUUGGGUUCACCGCCGUUCUUCUGCCGCAGAUUAAGAAGGACGAUGAGUUUCCUUACAGUGACACCUAUGACUCAUGGAUUGCUUCGAGUUCUUGCCUCGCAAUGGCAGUAGGCUGCUUCGCUGGAGGCCUCCUCUCCGACAGGUACGGGAGAAGAAUCACGCAUCUCAUCGUGAUUCUGCCUUUCUUGGCCGGAUGGAUCGUCCUGGCCUUCGCGAAAAACGUCCUAGCCCUCCUCAUUGGAAGAGUUCUCACAGGACUGAGUUCUGGUGUCUUUCGGUCCUUAGGCGCGAUUUGCCUCGGAGAAAUAGUAAGUCCCAUUGACCGACCAGCUUUUAUAUUCACUCUGUCGGUGUCAGGCAACGGCGGUAUCUUGUUCAUCCAUAUCCUCACCGGAUAUCUCAGCUGGAGACUCUCUUGCUUCAUCGUUUGUCUCCCCGUCCUCCUCGGUAUUGGUCUGCAAGUUUUAGCAAAAGAAAGCCCACUCUGGUUCAUGUCUAAAGGCAAAAUUGGCAAAGGGACUCAAGCCUUCAGGUGGUUUCGGGGCACUGAUGAAUGUUCCCAGAAAGAACUUGCAGAGAUUCUAGAAAAACAAAAAGAUCGACCACCAGAGUUGACUUUCAAAGAUUGUUUAAGAGCUGCCUCCAGUAAAGCAUUUUUGCUGCCGUUGUUCACGGUGAUUUGUCUGUCCACAACUGUGCAAUUCAGUGGUGUCAACACCAUGAGUUUCUUUGCGCAGGAUUGAGUCCACAUUCUCUGGACAAGAAGAUUCCUUUAUGGUGAUGCUUAUUACAGAUUCCACAAGAGUUUUCGGCGUUUUUAUCAUGUUCGCGUUUUCAAAAUAUAUCCCUCGAAGGAAAUCUUAUUUCAUUAUUUGUGGUAGUCUUUUACUUUUAUUGAUAGCAUUGAUUGUAUACACAGUAGUUCAAUCCGAUGGAUUGGCUUGGCUGGCCAUUACGAUUUUGAUGGUUUACAUGGCGUUAGGUAGCAUGAUGGCAGGAUUAAGCUGGACUUUCGUGGGAGAGAUAUUUCCAAGUACUUUGCGUGGAUUGGGUUCAGGUAUUGGUGCCGGAUUCUCCUUCUUCCUUUUAUUUAUAUCGGUCAAUAUAACACCAGGAAUAAUGAUGAACUAUGGAAUAAUAGCCACAUAUGCGACAUUUGCUGUGGUGACUUUCCUUG